GCGGGAGGCGGCGGCGGCGGACGAAGAAGAAUCUACUCGCGCCUCAUUCGACUACACGGGGAUUAAUAUUCCUAUGAUUCAGGUGUCGUAACAGUCUUUGGUUGGUCAUCGGUACGGUAUUUCUACGUCUCUCCCCGCGUACCGUCAUCAGUGUUGUUUUUGUUGCGUGAAGUUUAAAUCCUUCCGGUGAUUCGGUGGAUAUUUCGCCUCUUUUAUUCACUUUUGCCAGUCGAAGAUAAAAAAUCGGGCCGUUACGUUUUAGACGGAGACGACAUGAGCGUCCGAGCGGGUAUUUUCAUUUUUUCGACGGCGUGUGUCGCGACGCUGAUCGCCCAGCCGCCCGGGGAUCAACAAUUUGACAGGUUCGGCCCCCCUACAGACGAAGACGUGCUGGAAGAGUACUGCUAUUUCAACGACGAGCAGCCACACGUCAUGUUCGGCACUAAGACGUCCUACGACAGUACCAACAGAGGCGGCGGUGGGCGCGAACACCUUAUUCCAAAUUGCAAGCCGGUGCAGUUUUGGAGCCUGAACAGGCACGGCACCCGUCUCCCGAAGGCGUUCAAAAUCAGACGACUGCGUCAACUGCGAAAGUUCAAAGACGAAAUCGUAGACAAUUACGAGCAGAGACGUUCGUAUCCGAGCGGACGCGGAAGACUGUGUCCCGAAGACUACGACCUGUUGCGAUCAUGGCGCUGGAACGAUUCCGUAACGGAAGAGAGGGAGGGGUCGCUGACCGCUCAGGGCACCACAGAACUCAAAUUGCUGGCACGCCGAUACCGGUCGAGAUUCCCACCUGUUUUCGACCGGCCCUACGACGACCGGACGUAUUACUUUCAGUACGCGCUGAGCGACAGGACGCACGAUAGCUACCAAGCGUACAUCGAGGGUCUAUUCGACAACGCUUACUAUCACGCCCACGCUAACACCAUGGGCAACGAUGACGUCAUCAAGCCGUACAAGGAUUGCGCCGCGUGGCAGGAACGCACCGAUCGCAACCCCGCCACCGAGUACCACUACAGGCGAUUCCUGGAGUCCCCGGAGUACUACGAGCUCUCGCGCCGCGUCUUCCGUAGACUCGGUUUCCGGUACGACCCGGACCCGCAGACGGUCCUCGACAUCUACGACAUGUGCAGGUACGAGAAGGCGUGGAACGUCGAUAGGCCUUCCGCUUGGUGCGCCGCCUUCACCAAAGACCAGUUGCGAUUCCUCGAGUACGGGGACGACCUGAAAGAGUACUACGCCACGGGCUACGGCAACCCGUUGACCGAGAGGAUCGGCUGUGCCCCGAUCCGGGACCUGUUGCGUCGCUUCCAGAAAACAGUCGACGGCAAAUCCGAAGGCAACAAAGUGACGGCGCUGUUCACUCACGCUGCAACCGUGCAGGCCGCUCUGACUACGCUAGGAGUCGCCAAAGACUACACUCUACUGACCGCGGACAAUUAUAGACAGCAGGCGAGACGACGGUGGCGUACGUCGGUGAUAAGUCCGUUCGCGGCGAAUUUGGUGGCCGUGCUCCACCAGUGCAGCGUCGGAGACCCGUACAAGGUCGCGUUUUACCUGAACGAAGUCCCGGUCGACGAUAUCCCCGGAUGCGCGGUCGGUCUCUGCGACUGGGAGGCGUUCAAGGGCCGCUUCGAAGGUCUGGCGGAGGGCUGCGACGUGCGUGCGUUCUGCGAGGGACGCGCCGUCGCGCCGUCGAUCCGUCCGCAGCGAGCUUUGCUCUGCGCGAUCGCCGCCAUCGCGUUCCUGGCGCAGUAGAGUGGGCGGGGCGGGCGCGUCCAGUCCUCCGUCCGUCCGCGCGCGUCGCGUCGCGUUUUUCAAACUGAUUACUGAAAAAGGGUCCGUUAACCCAGAACCGUCUUUUUAACUGUCAUUUGCACGUGGCGACAAUUCUAGAGUUCGAUACAGCGCUUUGCUUUUUCAAACGGAAUCGAAAUUGCCAAUGAAAAUUAACCAAUUUUUUUUUUUCGUUUUUUUUCUAGUAAUUAUAUAUAUAUUUUUUUUAGAACCUUCGCCGAGAUUUGGAUAAAUUUUGUCAAGUAAAAGUGAAGUUAGUCGCAUAUAAGUCGACUUGAUUGUUAAAAGCACACAAAAAAUAAUAAAAAGCUUAUGUGGGCAGGCUUGCCCCGCCCUCCCCUAUGACUAUUUUUGUAAAUAUUAAUAUAGAAAAACCCCAUCAUUACAAAGUAGAUUUAACGUAUCUCCCAGGACAAGCUUUUUGGCAAACAAUGGUUAGUUUUAAAGAUAAUAGUAGAGAUUUUUUUCUGUUUUUUUUUUCGUUUUUCUAAUGCAUUUGUUAUAACCACUCUUUAAAGAUUCGUAACUAGGAUAGGACGUCAUCGUCAAUGUCUUUGUUGUGCCACGCACUGGUUCAGUAGAAUGGCUAAUUCGUUAGUCGACUGUACAACUAAUUAGGCUUUGAAUUGUUUAUUUGUUAUGCUAUUAUCUGAAAUAAAAGUCGUUUAUUAUUA